CCGGUUGAGUCGGUCGACCCCGGACGGUCAAGAAACGCGACACCAAAGCAGCGUCCCUCAUUUUUCGCCUCCCGUCGCCCACCCGUUCGCGCCGUCGCAGUUGAAACGAAGAAGAAGCCCAAGGAGACCUCCGGCUCGGCGGCGAUCCCGCGUUUCGUUCGAGGAGGGAGAUCAUGCAGCGGUCGUCGAGCGCUCGCCGAGUCUCCGAGGCUCCUCCGCCGCCGCCGCCGACGACGACGACGGCUUCGCAAUCGCGUCGCUCAAGGACCCGGGAGGGAGACGACCGCCGGCGGGAGCAGCUGCCGACGUGCGAUCCGCUGUCGCACGCAGCGAGGAAGGAGCGGUCGCGCCUCAGGUCGGCGGAGAACGCCGUCCACGCGAUCCCUCUGUUGCUGGUUCUGUGCGCGUUCCUCCUCUGGCUCUUCUCCAGUCCAGGAUCGGAGUUCUGAGGACUACCGGAAAGCACACCCUGCAGAUCUUUGCUCAGAGUUCUUCUCUAUCCAUCUCUGUUUCUUGCUGAGGAUGGAAUUUUUCUUUCUCAUUCUUUUGGCCGAUGUCAACACGUGAAAUCCCAUUAUUUAUUCUCGACUAAGGAUGUAAUGCAAUGUCUGAUUACGAGGAAUAAAGAGCUGUUCUUCGUUUCUGA